AUGGGUUCAAACAGCGGUAGAGUCACCAAGCUCCCUCUAGUUCCCCUGGCCAAGGGCUCCGUCCUGCUGCCAGGCGUGACCCUGCGCAUUCCCGUCUCCAACCGUCCCGACCUAACCAACCUACUGUCCUCCCUGGUCGACCGGCCCAAGCGCGAUGGCAACUCGAUCACAUUCGGAUGUAUUCCCCCUCAGCUCCCCGGCGAAAAUUCCGAUGACGAGAGAAAGGAGGACUAUGACUCGAUCGAUGCGGGCCAGGCGCGCAAGGAUGACCUGUUCCGCCACGGCGCCGUGGGCAAGGUGAUUGGCGUUCAACGCCGCGCCUAUGCCGAACCUUUCCUGCUGGUUCAAGGCUCUCAACGCUUUACUGUGAAGAAGGUCCUAAAGGACCGACCGUAUUUUGAGGCAGAGGUCCUCAUCCAUGAGGAGAAUAACUCAUCCGUUCAGGGCGACUCGGAGGCUGCUGAUCUCUUCCAUCAAUUGAGGCAGUUGUCCCGUGAGCUCCUGACUCUAUUGCGCCUAUCGUCGUUGCUGUCGGCGGCCUCAACUCGCCUGUCGCCAUUGGUGGCAAGGAAAUUUGAACUCUACAUAUCAAAGACAGACUUAGCCCAGGCUGGAAAGCUUGCAGAUUUCAUGGCAGAUGUCUCUGAUGCAAGCUUCGAAGAGAAAUUGCGGAUACUGGCCUCUUUCGAUGUGAAGGAGCGACUGGAGCGUGUCGUGGAAAUUCUUUCCCGCCAAGCCCAGCACAUCAAGAGCAGCGUGAAGGUGACAUCGAUCUCCACGACAUCAUUCCCGCCCAACUCCAAUCUCGAUGUUAGCAACAUUGACCCGCGAGAGCGUGAGCUGCUUGCCAGGCGUGCGAUGCAAGGUCUGUCAGGCCUGUCGCCCCCUGGGCCCGGCGGACGUGGCGGCGAUGAAGAGAAGGAGCCGAAUGAGAUUGAUGAGCUACAGCAGAAACUCAACGACGCGGAGUUGAGCCUCGAGGCUCAGAAGAUUGCGGACAAGGAAAUGAAGCGCCUGCGCAAGAUGAACCCUGCGAAUGCCGAAUACGGCGUUUGCCGCACUUAUCUGGAGAACCUUGCAGAGAUUCCGUGGUCCAAGGUUACCGCUGAUCAACUUGGCCCGGAUACCUUGAAGCGUGCCCGGCAGCAACUGGACGAGGACCACUACGGUCUGGAGCGCAUUAAGAAGAGGCUGUUGGAGUACUUGGCCGUGUUGCGCCUGAAGCAGUCAACCAACAAUGAUGUUCAACGCCAGAUUACUGGCUUGUCUCAAGAAUUGGACGCUUCAUCUGCUGGAGACCUUGAAAAGGACAUUCCUUUGCUCUCCGAAACCGAUCGAGUUGCCCUGGAGACCCGACUCGAGAUCUUGAAGUCUAAGCGCAUGACUGACAAGUCCCCGAUUCUGCUCCUGGUCGGUCCUCCCGGCACUGGAAAGACCAGUCUGGCCCGAUCAGUGGCGGCUUCCCUUGGACGCAAGUUCCACCGCAUCUCUCUGGGUGGCGUCCGUGACGAGGCCGAGAUCCGCGGCCACCGCCGCACCUACGUUGCCGCCAUGCCCGGGCUCGUCGUCAAUGGGCUGAAGAAAGUUGGUGUCGCGAACCCGGUUUUCUUGCUUGACGAGAUCGACAAGGUUGGUGGCUCCAACUUCCAGGGGGAUCCUUCUGCGGCCAUGUUGGAAGUGUUGGACCCUGAGCAGAACAACUCGUUUAUCGAUCACUACAUCAACAUUCCGAUUGAUUUGAGCAAGGUACUCUUUAUUGCCACUGCCAACUCUCUCGAUACGAUCCCGGCCCCCUUGCUUGACCGUAUGGAGACCAUUCAGCUAUCCGGAUACACCACCGUUGAGAAGAGACAUAUUGCCAAGCGCCACCUUAUCCCCAAGCAGAUUCGUUCCAACGGAUUAAGCGAAGGACAGGUCCUUAUGUCUGAUGAGGUCAUUGACAAGACCAUUACUUCUUACACUCGUGAAUCUGGUGUCCGUAAUCUGGAGCGUGAGAUUGGCUCGAUCUGCCGUCACAAGGCAGUCCAGUUCGCCGAUGCCGGUGACGCAAAUCGGCUGGAUGAGUAUAACCCUGUUGUUACUGUGGAUGAUCUGGAAGAUAUUUUGGGCAUCGAGCGCUUCGAGGAAGAAAUUGCCGAGAAGCACGGCCGGCCUGGCGUGGUCACGGGUCUCGUUGCCUACUCGUCUGGUGGUCAGGGAAGCAUUCUCUUCAUCGAGGUGGCCGAUAUGCCCGGCAACGGACGAGUUCAGCUCACCGGCAAGCUUGGUGACGUUCUGAAGGAGUCUGUUGAGGUGGCCCUCACCUGGGUCAAGGCCCACUCUUUCGAGUUGGGACUUACUCACGACCCCAAUGAAGAUGUCAUGAAGAACCGCAGCCUGCACGUUCACUGCCCAUCUGGCGCCAUCCCCAAGGACGGCCCGUCCGCUGGUCUAGCCCACACUGUCGCCCUCAUCUCCCUUUUCUCGAAUAAACCCGUUCCCCCUCAGAUCGCCAUGACUGGUGAGGUUUCCCUCCGUGGUCGCGUGAUGCCUGUUGGCGGAAUCAAGGAGAAGCUCAUCGGUGCCUUGCGCGCCGGUGUUAAGACUGUCCUUCUGCCUUACCCCAAUCGCAAGGAUGUCAAGGAUGUCCCUCAGGAGGUUCACGAUGGUUUAGAAAUCAUCUACGUGCAGCAUAUCUGGGAGGCACUCGGCAAGAUCUGGCCGGAUGCUCACUGGCCCGGCCAGCACCAUAUGAAUUUCGUCGAGAGCCGCUUGUAG